AUGCAACCGCCGGCUAAAGAGACCGGGCUCAAGGGCCUGCGGGAGCAGACUGGGAAGAGUGCGCCAGGCGCAAGGCCUAAGGAGGAGCGUGCCAAGGGGGCCCCUCCGACAGAGCCCCCUAAGCCGGGCUGGGCCCUGACGCUGGAGGGGCUGGCGGCCAUGCUCCCUGCGCAGCGCCACCGCCACCUGCUCUUCGGGGACCUGCUGGAGGACGUGGGCGCAACGGCCUCCAUCUUCCCGCGCGACUCAGUGGAGCUGGGGUACCGCAUGCCCGACCCGCACGCGUGCACCCAGUCACUUGAGCUGCCGGCCGAGAGCCAGAAAAGGCUCCUCGGUGUCCUCAAGGCAGCAGAGGCCCGCGGGAGAGUCCGCGCCCUGAGGCUGCGCUACACACGCAUGCGGGCGGAAGAGAUCUCGCUCCUCAUCCAGCGGCAGAAGUCUGCGCGCGCCGCCAUCCGGCUCGAGCUAUUUCUGCCGCCGCAGCUAAAGCCCACGCGGAUCCCGGACCCCCUGGACCGCCAAGAGCGGAGGCGCGUAGAGACCAUUCUGGAGGAGAGCGCCGACGGCCGCAUCUUCCCGCGCUAA